ACUCUGGACUCCAAACAGCCAACUAGCCGAAGGAGGCUACAGCUUCUCUUUCCCACUAAACUGGGUCGACAAUAAGCCGUUUCUCAGGUUCUUAAUGCAAAUACACACGUCUCGUUUUCAGUAAGCCUCUGGGAUUGACUGCUUGCCUCCCAAACGUCGUGUUGUGAAGAAACGGGGGCGUUAUAAAAUUGACCGGCUGGAGCAGCAAACUGUGGCUGGCUAACGGUAGCUGUUAGCUUCGGGAGUGUAAGGCGCCUGGCAGGCUACCAUUACUGUAAGAGCGGCUUCAGACCGCCGGCUGUCGAGCUACCCUGUCACUCAGUUGCCAUAAUAGGAGGGAACGUGUGAUCUGUGGCCUAUGAGGAAGCCGCGUCGAAAAGGCCAGGUGGCCGGAGGAGGUGGAGGUGAAGGUGAUGUCAAGAAGUCCAACGGGACCGUUGGCGGGCGUGGGGGUGCCCGCCAACGUUCACCGUCCCCUUACAGCCUCAAAGCGUCCCCAAACAGAGACACCCUGACCUAUGCCCAGGCCCAGAAGGUGGUUGAGGUGGAACUGGAUGGGAGGCUUCACCGCAUUUCUAUUCUGGAGCCUUUAGAGGUCAUCACUGAGGAUGAGAUGAUGGCUCAGGACAUUAGUGAGUGUAACAGCAACAAAGAGAACAGCGAGCAGUCAUCACCUCCAACCAGUAGUGCCCAAACAGCCCGGAAACCCGUCACACCCCGGGGUCGCAGGAAAGACUCCAAAUGUUCCUCUGUCAAGUCGCCUCCCCCUUCAAAGAACCACUGUCCCAAUUCUCAUCCACAGUCACCUGAAAAGGUAAACACAUCCCACCAUCACCACAUGACCCUUCCUGACCCCAAGUUUCGUGUGCUGGAAACCUUCACACCAGUUGAGGCGCCUCCUCUUCCGGCGGCGUAUUACCGUUACAUCGAACGCUCAGCUGAGGAGCAGGAAGCUGAGGCAGAGUACGACAUGGACGAGGAAGACACUGCCUGGCUAGAGAUGGUCAAUGCUGGUCGGACAUCAGAGGGCUACUCAACCAUCUCACCAGACACCUUUGAGCUGCUAGUGGACCGGUUAGAGGAGGAGGCGUACCGGGAAGCCCGUAGCCGGGCGCCCUCUCAAAGCACUAUUGACGAUGAUGCCUUCUGCUGCGUGUGCCUGGAUGACGAGUGCCUCAACAGCAACGUCAUCCUCUUCUGUGACUCCUGCAACCUGGCUGUGCACCAGGAGUGUUACGGAGUGCCCUAUAUUCCUGAGGGUCAGUGGCUGUGCCGCUGCUGCCUCCAGUCCCCCCAGAAACCUGUUGACUGUGUUCUAUGUCCAAACCGCGGCGGCGCCUUCAAGCAAACGAGUGAUGGCCGUUGGGCGCAUGUGGUCUGUGCUAUAUGGAUUCCUGAAGUCUGCUUUGCCAACACAGUGUUUCUGGAACCCGUGGAAGGGGUCAAAAACAUUCCCCCAGCACGCUGGAAACUGACGUGUUACCUGUGCAAGCAGAAGGGCCGCGGAGCAUCUAUCCAGUGCCACAAGGCCAACUGCUACACAGCGUUUCAUGUCACAUGUGCUCAGCGUGCCGGCUUGUUUAUGAAAAUAGAUCCUGUGCGAGAAACAAACGUCAAUGGGACUACGUUCUCAGUUAAGAAGACAGCGUUCUGUGAGGCCCAUUCUCCACCAGGACAAGAGUCUGUGUCAGACGAGGAGAAUGAAGGAAGAGUGGUGGGCAGCAGAGGGAGGGCCAGUAGAGGACGAAGUGCCUACACAGAGGGUCCGACAACACCGAAAAAAGGCAGAAAGUCUGACGACGAUGCCAAGACAGAUAAAAAGAAAGGGAGAAAGAAUGCAGAGUCAACAGCACGACACACUGCUUCACCACAAGUGACUGUGCCUCAGAUACCCACAAGCAGGCUGACUGUCAUCUGCAAAGGAAUCCUCUUCCAGAGAAAAAACCAGUUCAUGCAGAGACUGCACAGUUACUGGUUGCUGAAGCGUCAGUCGAGGAGUGGUGUACCGCUGGUCCGGCGUUUACACUCCAACAUCCAGUCCCAAAGGAAUACUGAACAGCCUGAAGUGGAUGAGAAGAUUUCUGCGGCGAGAGAAGCGCUGAGAUAUUGGCAGAAGCUACGACACGAUCUUGAAAAAGCCAGACUGCUGGUGGAGCUCAUCCGCAAGAGGGAGAAACUCAAACGAGAGCAGGUUAAAGUCCACCAGGCAGCUCUGGAGAUGCAGUUGACCCCGAUGUUGGUGCUGCUCCGCUCCACUCUGGACCAGCUGCAGGAGAAGGACACGGCCCAGAUCUUUGCACAGCCAGUCAACAUCACGGAGGUUCCAGACUACCUGGAGUUUAUCAGUGAGCCAAUGGACUUUUCCACCAUGUGUUCGAAGCUGGAAGGCCAUGCCUACCGCUCAGUGGCUGACCUGGAAGCUGACUUCAACCUAAUGGUGUCAAACUGCCUCCUCUACAACGCCAAGGACACAGUCUUCCACCGGGCAGCCCUGCGUCUUCGGGACCUGGGAGGAGCUAUACUGCGUCACGCCCAACGACAAGCCACCAACACUGGGCUGGACCUGGACACUGGCAUGCACCUUCCAGUGUCACCUCAGAAAAGAGACUUUUACAGUUGCACCUGGGAGGACGUCGACAGCGUGCUGGAUCCAGACAACCGGCUUCACAUGACGGUGGAGGAACAGCUGAAGGAGCUGCUGGAGAAGCUGGACUUUGUCACAUCCAUGCGGUGCAGCGGUGCCAGAACUCGACGCAUCCGCCUGCUUCGUCGCGAGAUCAACAACAUCCGCUUCAGGCAGGGCCACCACUCCCGUCACAGCCUUCACAACGGACAUCUUAAAGAAGAGGACGACGACGACGAUGAUGAGGAGGAGGAGGAGGACAAAGAUGCAAAGGCAGAUAACGGCCUUUCGGCUUCUGACAAAGAAGACCUCAAAUCCACGUCGCCACCAACACUGGAGCCUACGAGCCUGGCCCCUCCUCCGCGACAAGGGGACGCACCUCUGGAGCCUCCCACCCUGCGGCCAAUCACAGGGGAGUCCCAGUCCCCCAGCUGGCCCUGCAAGCGCCUUAAGAUGGACGGUGACCUCUUAAACAGUGCCAUAGAGAACAUUAAUUGCACUAAAGCACAGGAGCGGUCAGCGUCCCCAGCCCCCAGUUUGCACAGUGAAGGGCAGGCGGUGACGAACGGCCUGCCGGAGCUCGGUGUCCCCUCGCGGCCCGCCACCGGGGGAGUCGGGCGACGGACCUCCGUGUUGUUUAAAAAGGCGAAAAACGGAGCCAAGCUGUUUAGAGAGAGAGACAACCCUCUGCCGAAUGGAAAGGGACCACAGGACGAGAACACGAGCAGCAACCCGACAGCACCCAACUCCACAGCAACCACCCCUUCCUCCACACCUUUAUCCACUCCAUCCAAGACCUCACAGAAAAGCCCAGGACCCCCCACCCUCAGCGAACUCUCCAACCCAGAUAGUGAGCUGGAGAGGAAACCAAAUUAUACACUGGAAACUGGACUGACCAACGGCUUCAACAAGCACAAAGACGGCGGGUCCGAGUCGGAGUACAGCCCUUGCCCAGUCCUCCACAAAGAAAUCAACUCACCACCCAAGCGAAGCCUCGGUAAACCAGCUCUUUCCAAAGUCCCCUUCCUCGAGAUAGUCAACGGAGACUCAGAUUACACUGGCAUCGGCGGCCAAACAUCUGAGGAUGAGACGGAGCUGGAGUCUCUGGACCUGGUGUGGGCCAAGUGCAGGGGAUACCCCUCCUAUCCUGCUCUGAUCAUUGACCCUGAGAUGCCUGAGGAGGGUCUGCUGCACAACGGCGUGCCCAUCCCUGUCCCGCCCAAAGAUGUGCUCCGUCUGGGGGAGCAGAGGCAGGAGGAGACCCAUGAGAGGCUCUACCUGGUGCUGUUCUUCGACAACAAGCGGACAUGGCAGUGGCUUCCCCGUGACAAGGUGACGCCCUUAGGUGUGGAUGACACGGCUGACAAGCUGCGAAUAAUGGAGGGCCGCAAGUCCAGCAUCCGCAAGUCUGUCCAGGUGGCGUACGACCGCGCCAUGAUCCACCAGAGCAGAGUCAGCCACAGCCACGGCUUCGUGGCCUCCAACUACCUGUAGAGGGAAACUGUGAGCCCUGUGUGCACCCACAGGCAGCCACUAUGCAUUUCUCUUCGGUCUUAAAGCAGCAGGUGGACUGAGUCCUGCUGCCGGUUGAAUUUAAAUUCACACUGUGGUCUGAAGAGGUUCCAAGUCCUGGACCUCAGUUCAUUACCAAACCACUAGUGUGUGACACAUUGAGCAGCAGCGCUCGCUUUUUUGUCGUUGCCGAGGAUGUGGAAGUCCAGAUUGUGAAUGAAGUUACCUUUAGGUCCCUUGUUGCUGCAGUCAGGAAGCGUUAAUCCCCCGUUCAGGGAUGUGUGACGGAGGCUGAAUGUGUUGAAGCUGUGUGUCUGGAUCGGAUGUAAAAGAAUUCCCCUCUAUUUUAUACGAUGCUACUGCCAAGGAAUCAAACUGUCAGACAAGAGAUUUGACAUAUUUAUAUGAACCGCAGAAGACUAAUGAAUGGAUCACUGCCAUCUUUUAUACAAUAGCUUUUUACAUUUUAAUCUUUUACAAAGACACUUGUAUAUUAUAAAGGCACACUUUGUGUACAUAUGUAUGUGUAAUAUCAAACUCAAUUUAAUUUAAUGUUGCUGUUUUAAAAAGCGUAUUUCAAUCAACCCACGAGGGGCAAAGCGAGGCUGUGUAUAUUUGUGGAGACGGUUCCACUUGCUGCAGUGUACUUAGCUUGUCUUAGAUGUAAUUUCAUCGUGCUGUGUGUGCGCGUAUGUGUGUGUGUGUGUGUGUGUGUGUGUGUGUACAUUCUAAGCAUACGACACAUUGAGCCGUUGUUCUUUAUAUUUGAAUUCUCUUUUUGAUACAGAGAGAAAUAAUUUAUUUAUGAAAGACAGAAUUAUAGAAAUAAAGCUAUAUUGGUUAACGUUGAGAAUUAAAUUGUAUUUAAAACUAAGUGGAGUAAGGUUUUAAAAACAUGCAGCCGACAUUUUAACAGUCACACGUUUGGUUUAUGUUUAUUAUUUUACUCGAGUCCAAUUGCCACCAUUUACUGUUGACCCCCCUCCCCCCAGAGAAUUCUAUUUAUUAUCGAGAGCCCAAUUUAUCGAAUGGAAAGAUACACCUUCAUAAGCUUGUACUACCUGCAUAUUUUACCUGCUCACCAAAUAUUUUGUCUGUAACCAGUAUUUUCUCAUUCUGAGAAAUAAAUGCUCUAUUAAAAAGUA